GGCACCUGCCCUCCUCUGCUUUCAUUUCUCCCACAAGGUAAAUACUCUCUCUCUUCCUCUCUCUCUCGCGCUCACAGAAAACCUCCAUGGCUUCUUCUGCUUCAAUCACAACCGCCCUAUCUCGCUUUUCCCUAAUCCGAUUCUCCCUAAAACUCUCUCCGUCGUUUCCACACACAACCCCAUUUGUUCUCACUAAACCAAAGGCUCCGAAAUACCGGUUCCGCUUGUUUUCAAUGGCGUCCGAGCCGAAAGAAUCACCCGCCAACAAUCCGGGCCUCCACGCCACCCCAGAUGAAGCCACUAAGAGUUACUUCAUGCAACAAACUAUGUUUCGGAUUAAGGACCCUAAAGCCAGUCUUGACUUUUAUUCACGUGUGUUGGGCAUGUCGCUGCUUAAGAGGCUGGACUUUCCAGAAAUGAAGUUUAGUUUGUACUUUUUGGGCUAUGAGGAUCCUGCAUGGGCUCCAACUAACCCGGCUUAUAGAACAGUUUGGACCUUUGGCCAGAAGGCUACAAUUGAGUUAACACAUAAUUGGGGUACUGAAAGUGAUCCAGAAUUCAAAGGAUAUCACACUGGGAAUUCGGAACCUCGAGGCUUUGGACACAUUGGUGUCACUGUUGAUGAUACUUACAAGGCAUGUGAGAGAUUUGAACGUCUCGGGGUGGAGUUUGUGAAAAAGCCAGAUGACGGAAAGAUGAAAGGGAUAGCAUUCAUUAAGGAUCCUGAUGGUUAUUGGGUUGAAAUCUUUGACCUUAAAACGAUAGGAAGCAUUACAGGUGGUGCUUCGUGAGGAUAUGGCACCCUUUCUUCAGUUUUCACCUAAGGGGAUCGCCCUGGCGCCGUACCGGGAUAGAAACUGGUGAUGGUUGGGCAGGCAAUUUUUUUUUCUAUAUAAAGUGAAGUGUUUAGGUUUCUGUUUUUUAUCUCAACGAAAAGUGAAGCAUUCAAGUAGAGAGGCAUUGCGGAUAUUGUAUAAACAAUGGUCCUGAAUGAUCAGAGGCGGAUCCCCAAACGACUCAGUUGUCACUCUUGAUUUUGAGGUAGUUUAUUGUGAAAUAUCUUUGUUUGUGUAUUUCUAAAAUGUUAUAUAUAGAGAGGCAUUGCGGAUAUAAUUAAAAAAAAAGGUCAAAUAACUUUCAAGAAGGAAAUAUAGUACUGUCGGUUGGAAAUGUGAAUUAUAUACCCUAGUUUAAUUUCAAGAAGGAAA